AUGACAUCUUUCGUUUACAUGUUUUCAAGUUCUGCGUUCAGUAACCCAGGAGAAACACUUGGAACAUUUUCCGAAGAAGGCGAUGGUAUAAAAGUGACCACGCCAUCAGAUUCAGAUAUUUCUGAAGUUUCUGAAGGGCUCAAUAUCGAUUUAGAGCGGGAAGGAUUGGAGCAGACUGAUACACCAUUUAUGCCAAAGAUGGGCAAUGCAACUCUACGGAAAGAACUAGGCAAUGCAUCCUGGAAGCUAUUUCACACAAUCCUUGCAAGAUAUCCUGACGAGCCUACAGAUGCCCAGAAAUCGCAUCUUCGAACUUACAUCUAUACAUUUGCCCAGGUUUAUCCUUGUGGUGACUGUGCAAGACAUUUUAUCAAACUACUUAAGAAGUUCCCACCCCAGCUAAACUCGAGGAAGAAUGCCGCUGUCUGGGGAUGUGAUGUGCACAAUCAGGUUAACGAGAAACUCCAUCACCCAAUAUACGAUUGCAGUAAUAUUCUUGAAGAUUAUGAUUGCGGAUGUGGUGUUGAUGAGGAGUCAGAAGAUUACACUCUUCAAGGUAAAACACUGAAGGAGGUUCAAGGGGAUGCUGUGGACAAAUUGGAGUCACAAAAACAUCUCGAUAGUAUACAUGUGGAGAGUAAGGAGGCCCAUGUGGGCGGUUGA